UAAACGGUGAUAGUUGGGGUAGAAAAAGGAAAAAACUUAUAGUUGAGGUGUGUUUUAAUACAUAGAUGGUGAUAGUUCAGAUAGAAAAAGAAAAUAAUUGAUAAUUGAGAUGUAAAACUCGCGGAAAAAUAACAGUUAAGGAAAAAGAGAAUAACUGUUACUUCAGUUAAUGUUUGUGAUCAUUUUAACUCAAUAAGAAAAAAAGAAAAAAAAGACAUUUAUUUAUAUGAAAAUGAAGGCAUAUAUAUGGGUUUUGCUAGCAUUGUCCCCAUUUUGUCUUGUUCCUUAAAUGUCCCCAAUAGCACAUUAUUAGCUCAUUAACAGUGAGAGCUAGACUAACCACAUAACAAAACAUGCAGAAUCUCUGCAACCUCUUAAAAGGCCGCAUUUGCCAUAAUCACCUUAAACAAAUCCAUGCUCGUGUUUUCCUUAUUAAUGCUCACCAAGACAACCUCAUUGCCACUCGUCUUAUUGGUCACUACCCUUCAAACAUUUCCCUUCAUAUACUUGAUCACUUAAAAACACCAAAUAUUUUCCCCUUAAACGCUGUCAUUAGAGUUCUAAGUGAAGAGGGAAACUUCACUCAUGCAUUCUUGGUAUUUAACAAGUUGAGAUUUUUAUCACUUUUCCCUAAUGAAUUAACCUUUUCUUUUCUUUUUAAAGCUUGUUCGAAUUCAAGAAAUUCAGGUUAUGUAAAACAGGUUCAUACCCUUGUUGUGAAAUUGGGAUUUUGUGAUGACCCAUUUGUUUGUAAUGGGUUGUUAAGUGUUUAUGCAAGGGGUUUGAAAGAAUUGGGUUAUGCGCGUAAGGUGUUUGAUGAAAUGCCUGAGAGAGAUGUUGUUUGUUGGACUUGUUUGAUUUCAGGGUAUGCUAGGUUGGGUUUGUCUGAGGAAGCUUUGAGUUUGUUUUUAUCUAUGGUAAAGAAGAGUUUGAUACCUCAAAAUGAUACUAUGGUUAGUGUUUUAUCUGCAUGUUCAAAACUUGAUAUAUCAUAUAUCGAGAAAUGGAUCGCGAAUUUAUGUGAUUAUGGAUGUUCUGGAUGUGAUUCGGUUAGUACUGUUCUUGUUUACUUAUAUGGAAAGUUGGGAAAUGUUGAUAAGAGUAGGGAAAUAUUUGAACAGAUUUCUAGUGAUGGGAAGAGAAGUGUGCUUUCUUGGAAUGCUAUGAUAGGCGCGUACGUUCAGAACGGCUGUGCUUUGGAUGGUUUAUGUUUAUUCCGGUUAAUGAUGGAGCUUGAUUGUUGUUGCCCUAAUCAUGUGACAAUGGUUAAUGUUCUCUCAGCUUGUACUCAAGUCGGUGAUUUGGAUCUUGGUUUGUGGGUUCAUGAGUACAUGAAAGGUAGUAGGCAAAAAAGCUUUUUACUUUCAAAUGCAAAUCUUGCAACUGCUUUGAUAGAUAUGUACUCUAAAUGCGGUAGUUUAGAGAGAGCAAGAGAUGUUUUUGACCAAUUGGUUGUAAAAGAUGUUGUUUCGUUCAAUGCUAUGAUUAUGGGUCUCGCAAUAAAUGGUAAAGGUAAUGACGCGUUAAAACUUUUCUCACAAAUGCUAGAGCUCAAUUUGCGUCCAAAUGCCGGGACAUUCCUUAGUUUGCUAUGUGCUUGCAGUCACUCAGGGUUGACAGCAAAAGGCCGUCAAAUAUUCAAGGAAAUGAGCCAAUGUUUUGAAAUUGCUCCCAAAUUGGAACAUUAUGCUAGCUAUAUUGAUCUCCUUGCUCGAGUAGGUUAUGUUGAGGAAGCACUACAAGUUGCUACCUCAAUGCCUUUUAAACCCAAUAAUUUUGUAUGGGGAGCUUUACUUGGUGGAUGCAUGCUACAUAACAGAUUUGAAUUGGCCCAAGUUAUUUCCUCCAUUCUUGUUGAGGUGGACCCUAACAAUUCUGCUGGCUAUGUGUUGCUGUCGAAUACAUAUGCCGUUGAUCAUAACUGGAGUGCUAUUUCACGGCUGAGGUUGUCUAUGAAGGAAAAAGGAGUAGUAAAGCAGCCAGGAUGUAGCUGGAUCAACAUUGACGGAGUAGUGCAUGAAUUUCUAGCUGGGUCCUCGUCGCAUGCUCAGAAUGAAAGCUUGCAUAGUGUAUUGCAGGUCUUACUGAAGGAGAUGAAGCUAACAAGUAUUUAUAAGUGAAACUCUAGCAAUACUGUGUUGGGACAUUCCUUUCUUUUUCUUAAGGAAUCCUUUCUUUCGCUUGAUCUGCAUGCUUUUCGGAGCAGCUUGAAAGAGCAAGUCUAUUGGUCAUUGAACCAGAUCUACUUCCUUUCGAACUAUACACCGAGGAGUCGCAAGCAGAAGCCGAAGAGAAACAUGAACGCGGUCUAGCUUCAGAAAAAAGACUCCAAUUCAUUAACCUCCACGAGUGUCUAUGAUAUCAACACAAACAGACAUCAACAUUGUGAAUUCUCGCAUCUGGAUACCACAACCAGCAGGUAGCAGACAUCCAACUUUAGCUGAUGAGUCCUCUAACCUUUCAAGUUCUUUUAAGGAUGAGGCUGGGCAAUCUACGGGAGCUGGAAAAAAUGAUAUACUAAUGUGUGCUUCAGAAUUCAACACGAGUUCUGCUGCUAAGAAAUGUCUGCAUUUAAGGCAGCAGCUGUGGAAGCAGAGCUUGACAUUCUUCUCGAUUCAGUCACCAACAACAACAUAUUCAGUCACCAACAACAACAUACCCAGUAUAAUCCCACCAGGUGGGGCCUGGGGAGGGUAGAGUGUACGCAGACCUUACGGACCUUUUGACGGGUAGGGAGGCUGUUUCCGAUAGACCUCUCAAUUCAGUCACCGAGAUUGAAAUUUUUGAGUUUUGAGUCCACAAAUGUAAUUGAUCAGUCUAUUCGUCCUUACCCCGUGACCUGAGCAGGAACACCAACUCUGUUAUCAGAAGAGACUUCAUCUAAGUUGGAUGUCCCAGCCAAAAAGGGGCCGCGAUCUGGCCAAACUUGCAAUAUCAGAUAUCAGUUUGGAUGAUACACUGGAUGAUCUUCUCAAAGAAACAUCAACUGUGACUAACAAAAAUGAGUGUUUGCCACCUAUGAGUAACUCCGGUAACCAAAUAUUGACUUGCUGGUGUUAAAGGAAGCCGUUCAAGGAUCAAAGCUCGAUCAAAUUGUUUCUUUCAUUUCUUGCCUUCUAAUUUUCUUUUGCUUUUGUCUACCUCUACUCUCUCAGAAAGUAAGAAGGUUUAGAUGAAAUUCAGUGUAUUUUAUGUUUUACUCGACGUGUUGUAUUGUGUAAGUUGUAACUGCCAUAAAUUGGUGUAUUCUGAUUGUACUUUCAGUAUCUGUAUUACAGUGGAUAUGAAUUUGUUUGUUUUCA